AGCAUCAAGCCUGAAAAGAGUGUCUUGAGGUCUUUUAGGAGAUAGAAUCUUCUUAAGACUCUGUAAAGCCUUCAUAACAAUAGUGUCUCCUGCUGGCAAAGAAACACAAAAUGGUGUUUCGAUUAUGGGUGGAAGUUCUUGAAAGACAUUUUACUUCGUAGAAGAGAACGAAUAUGCAUGAACGAGUGAACAGAACAGAGAGGCAGUUUAAGUCUCUCCCAGCUAACCAACAGAGUCUGCUUCCUCAAUUUCUUCCUCACCUUGACAAGAUUCGGAAGUGCAUUGAUCAUAAUCAAGAAAUACUACAAACCAUUGUGAAUGACUGUGUUCAUAUGUUUGAAAAUAAGGAAUAUGGAGAAGAUGGAAGCGGGAAGAUUACACCAGCUUCAACAUUUGACAUGGAUAAAUUAAAGUCCACAUUGAAACAAUUUGUGAGAGACUGGAGUGAAGAGGGAAAGUCUGAGAGGGAUUCCUGCUACCAGCCAAUUAUUAGUGAAAUUUUAAAGAACUUUCCAAAAGAAAGAUGGGAUUUCUCCAAAGUUAAUAUCCUGGUACCUGGUGCUGGGCUAGGUAGAUUGGCGUGGGAAAUAGCUAUGCUCGGUUAUGCUUGCCAAGGAAAUGAAUGGAGCCUCUUUAUGCUCUUUUCUUCUAACUUUGUACUCAACAGAUGCUCUCAAAUUAAUUCAUGUAAGCUUUAUCCCUGGAUUCAUCAAUUUAGCAAUAACAGAAGAUCUGCUGAUCAGAUACGACCAAUUUAUUUCCCAGAUGUUGAUCCUCACAGUCUUCCUUCUGGUUCAAACUUCUCUAUGACAGCAGGGGAUUUUCAGGAAAUUUAUUCUGAGUGCAAUACGUGGGACUGUGUAGCAACUUGCUUUUUCAUAGAUACAGCACAUAAUGUUAUUGAUUAUAUUGAUACUAUAUGGAAAAUACUAAAGCCUGGAGGAAUAUGGAUAAAUGUAGGUCCUCUCCUUUACCAUUUUGAAAACUUGGGAAAUGAGCUUUCCAUAGAAUUAAGCUAUGAGGAUAUAAAGAAUGUUAUCCUGCAGUAUGGAUUCCAUAUAGAGGUGGAGAAAGAAUCUGUGCUGUCAACUUACACUGUGAAUGAGCUCUCCAUGAUGAAAUACUACUAUGAAUGUGUGUUGUUUGUGGUGAGAAAACCAGAAAAGUAGUGGUCUGAAUAGGUUAAUGGGGAAAUAAGGUUGGCUUGAAAACUAGAAAUGAGAAUAAAAUAAUCUGGUGAUGUAUGGACACAACCUCAAAUCAGUGGUGCCUUCUUGUUCCUAAGAGGAUAUAGAUAGUGUCUAUUUUCUUAAUAUCUCUAUUGCUAUUCAGACAUAUACUAUGCCAUGCAUAUUCAUAAUAAACUUGUGAAAGAUUAAAUGUUCACAUGCAUUGUCUUUGUGCUUUGGAAUGCAUUAGAUAUAAAAGCAAAAGUGUUUUCUUGAGAAUAAAAUUUAAUGUUUGCCAUAACUAGAUUAAUUCUCUGCUAAUGCUGCCUCAUUUUUCAUAGAUUUAUAGUGCUUUAUUUUCUACUUGAUGAUAGUAGGAGUGCAUGGAGAUGCUUACCGUACUAGCUGUGUCACUUUUAGAGAAGUAUUUGUAAAUGUAUAUUUAAAUUAUGUAAGUCUGAAAUGGUUGGGAAGUGGUAACAUUAUUCUUGAAUGAUAAAAUUGUCAUCAGAACUGUUAGAGCAUUUUCUGUGGAACUGAAGUCAAAAAGGUUAUUAUUCAAGUUCUGAUAUUUGGCUGUACCACUGCAAAAGGUUUAAUCAAAAAACAGAACCUAUAGAAAAUUUGAGAUACUACAGGAAAGCAGGAUACUGAGUGAAGAAAAAGCAGACUAUCACAGAGAAGCGGUAUGUUAACCUCAGUUCAGGAAAGCUCUGUUCUUGAUUGAUCUUAGUGUUGGAACCGAAAUGUGUUAGAUGCUUUGCCUUCUUGAAAUCCACUGAUUUUGAGUCAUCUUCUUACUGUUUAAGCCAGAACUUUUAAAGUUGAUAAACAUAGCUGAGUUAUCCAUGCCAUGUGUAGGUAGUACAACAUAAAAAUACCUAUCGGAACAGUGAAGUUACAUGUAAAUAUGUGCUAUAAACUAAUUACUUAAGCUGAGCCAGGAUAUGCAGGCCAAAUGGUAGACAAUUCCAUUGUUACUUCAGACACUUUACUCUUGUGACUUCUUGAUUCCUCCUACUGAUGAGUUUUCUUUUUUUUCCUAAUGGAUGUGGCUUAGGUGAAUAUUUAAUCAACAAGUCAUGAUACUAUACAAGAGGCUGUCAUGUCACAUACAAUCUCCUGUCACUUCGAAGAUAAGUACAUGAGAGAAACCUUAAUUAGCCGGCGCUAGUGUGAGAUAAGGUGUCAUGUUAGAUAUUUUGUUUCCAUACUGUGUUGAUUAACUUCAGUGCCAUUUGGACACAUUUUCAAACAUAAGUUUAAAAUACAAAACCAUUAUGAUGAGGGCUGAAUUUUGUUUUCAUAUCUGGCUGUAAGGACACUGGUCAGUAGCUUGUUCGUUUCUGAUUAUUUUAUGUCCUGUCUUUCAUGGUCAUGUCCUAAUCACAUCUCUUUAAUAGAGCUGUUACUGGCUUUUCGAUUUUUCUAAUCAAGGCCAGAAAUUUGUGCCUUUAUUCCUAAACUGAAAAUCUGCAAGGAGGGAAAACAAACUUUUUUUAUUUUCAACACCAUGUAAGAGAGCACAUGCUUGUAUAUGUUUCAUUGCUGUGCCCCUUUCUGCUCAGAAUCCUGAUUGAGAACAGAGACUUUUGGUCUACAGAAGUGUUUCAGUUUGGCUUAAACGACUGUUCUUUGAACUCCUUUAUUUCUAAAAGUGCGCGAACUGAAGUUCUACCCUGUUCCAAGGCAGAUGUGUGUAAAAAUGAAACACUGCUAUUCAAAAAAUUAUUUAAACAGAAGUCCUUGUGUGGCUGAAAGAAAAAAACAAAACCACAUGCUUUAGUUUCCAUAUUGUACCAUUUAAUUUUUGAGGAAAUUUGUGAUUCUUUGCUUUCAAUUUGCUUUUCUUCUCUUAGGUAGAAUAUGAUUAGUAAUUUACUUGAUUUUCAAGCUUCUUGAAAUAACACAGAGGUUAGGUGAAAAUUAAGCUGAUGACAAGUAGCAUCUCUCUCUAAUACUACCCACUUACUGCCCCAUACAGUUUGUAACUUGAAAUGUGUUGUUCUGUUUUUCAAAAAUAAGCACAGGAGCUCUUUAUUUAUUUUUGAGUGUCAGUAUCCUAUGUUCUGGUGGUUUUAUUCCUUGCCACAGGUGCCACGGGUCACAGGUGUUGUCACAGGUGCCAUUUUUGUUUUCCUCUAAAAAUGUUCUUGGAUAUGGUGUAAUAAAGUGAUGUGCUUUUAUUUCUGAUCUAGAAAAUGCUGGUUUUUUUCCCCCAGAGCAUUCUGCUUUUAAAUUGCAGCAGUCACAUUAAGAGCCAGAAGCAAAAUAAGCUUGUGAAAUGAGCUGUUAGUAGUGUUUUACCUGCAGUCCCAGUUAUGAGUUCUUAGAAUUCACCACUUGUACUGUAAUGCGCAGGGAUAAUUGUGUAUUACAGAAUUUCAUCAUUGUUUUAUUUAGUUUUAUAUGCGGGGGAAACGCCCAAGAUGUUUGUCAGCUGUGACUGUUUAUUUUAGGUCACUAUUAAACUGUACGUGGUAACAGGUGUAAGAUAAAAUAUUGCAUACUUUUAAAUGUAAAACUUCUUUAUAUGGAGUUUGAUAAAUGUAAAACGUCCCGUAUUUUUUUUAAUGUGUUAUAUUCUGAAACUGGUUGCGAAGAUGGUAAGAGUGGGAAGUUUCAUGUCUCCGUGAGCACUUCUCACAGUUCUCAGUGUGUGUAAUGGACUGGGAUUUUUAGAUAUUAAAGCUUGCCGUAAGAGUUGA